AUGGCGACGAACACUUCCCGUAUCGUCGACUUGGAGACUCAGAUGACGGCAGUACAGCAGAAGAUGGAUUUGCAACAUCAAGAUCUGAAAUCCGCCAUUGCUGAGCUUGCUGCGUCCACGAAGGACAACAUCGACGCGCUCUCGGCCUCCUUGGCGCGGUUGCGCGACAAGUCGCCGUCGCGUUCCUCUCCGUCCGGCUCUCAGGCGCCCUUCACCGAAGCUCCGCCUUUUUCGUUCUCACCAUCGCCGUCCGUCAUUAUUGGACCAUUAUCCCCGCUUAGAGUUCUCUUAUUUCUCUGGUACUGA